AUGCCCAUAUCUAGGGCACAGCAGAAGCGAACGCCCUUCCAUGAUGUCAAAUUCAACCAGGAUCAGGAUUGUUUUGCUGUGGCUCACGAGAUGGGGUUCUCUGUUUACAACACCAAUCCAAUUGAUCCACGAGUGAGCAGAACGUUCAGCGGAACCAGCAGCUCUGGAACGGGAAUUGGGUUGAUUCUGAUGCUUCACAGGACUAAUUACGUUGCACUUGUGGGCGGGGGCAAAAACCCCAAGUAUCCAAACAACAAGGUUAUUAUAUGGGACGACCUCAAGAGGAAGGCGAGUCUUAACUUGGGAUUCAUGGGGCCUGUGGUGAAUGUUCUACUUUCAAGAAUACGCAUUGUUGUUGUUUUGAAGAACCAGGUUGUGGUGUAUGAGUUCUCGGCGCCACCUAAGAAGUUUGCAUCAUAUGAGACAUACGAUAACGAGCAUGGACUAGCGGACCUCUCCGUUCAUUCCUCGGCGCUGCAACUGCCUCUGCCAGCACCUUCAUCAAGCUCAUCUUUAAGGUCGGGUAACGGGAUUACAAGAGAUGUCCCGAAGUACCAAAUACUAGCAUUUCCUGGACGCACUGUCGGCCAGAUUCAGAUUGUUGACGUUUCACCCGAGGGUCUGGAGAAGAACCUCGUUAGCAUUAUCAAGGCUCAUAAAGCCCGUAUUAGGUGUAUCUGCUUGAGCAGAACGGGAAAUAUGGUGGCAUCUGCUAGCGAGACAGGAACGAUCAUCAGAAUUCAUUCUACCACCUCCACGGCGCUUUUGUUUGAGUUUAGACGUGGUCUCGACCGUGCCAUCAUUACAUCAAUGAGCUUUUCUCCAAAUGACUCAAAGCUUGCCGUUUUAUCCGAUAAGAAUACCUUGCAUGUGUUUAAUGUGGGUCCCUCGACUGAACCAUCUCUUCCAGACCAAUUCGACGGCGAAGUAUCUUUGCGCAAGUCACCCACUAAUAGACAGCAUAUCUUGAGCAAACUACAAUUGCCGAUUGGAAUUCCACAAUACUUUCAGUCAACCUGGUCUUUCUGUUCGGUGAACAUUAGCAAAUACCAUACUGAUUUUGAUGAGAGUUCCGAUAUUUCCAGUGACAUAGGCACGGUUGGCUGGUCGGGAAAUUCCAAUAUCAUCAUUAUAUGGAAAGAGAAGAGAAUCUGGGAGAACUAUUCUAUUGUUGAAAAGGUGACUGCUUCAACAAACAAGAAGAAGAGCGACCUUACAGAAUACGAACUAGUACGGUCAAGCUGGAAGAGUUUGGACGAAGUGUCCGAUUAA